ACAAGCUUCGGAGUGAUUGAGACCCCAAAUGUUGGAACUCACGCUGAACAUGCAGAAGGCUCACAAAAUGAAUUUGGCAGAGAUAAUGUUCACCUUCUGUAUAUAAAGAAAUAUCAGCCACGUGUAGUUUAUCAUAUUUUCCGCAGUGAUAGUAGUGAAGGUGGCUUAACUGCUGCGGAAAAACCAUGGAGUGGCUUCCUUCUGCAAUUUGGUUAAUUGUGUCUUUACUUGCAAUAGUUUACUUUUAUUUCCAACGGAAAUUUUCCUAUUGGAAAAAUCGUGAUGUUCCAUACGUAGAGCCAUUGUUCCCCUUGGGGAAUCUUCCGUGGAAGCACAGCGACAAUUUGAAAGAGGUUUUCGAAAAAUUAUACAAAGUGAGACAUGGAAGUCCUCUAGUUGGAGGAUAUUUUUUCAGCCAGCCGGUGGUGAUAGCAACUGAUUUAGAUUUUGUGAAAGAUGUGUUGGUGAAAGACUUCAACAGUUUCCACGGCCGAGGUGUUUACUCUAAUGAAAAGGAUGAUCCCAUUUCAGCACAUUUGUUCUCUUUGGAUGGACCAAAGUGGAAAUCGCUGCGGAUGAAACUUUCACCGACAUUCACUUCAGGAAAAAUGAAAUUCAUGUUCCCGACCAUAGUCGAUGUUUCAGAAAGAUUUAAUCAAACUUUGGGUAAAAUGUUAGAUGAGGGUAGUGAUUUCGAUGUGAAGGAAUUACUUGCUCGUUUUACAACGGAUGUUAUCGGGACAUGUGCUUUUGGAUUAGAGUGUAAUACCCUAAAUGACUCCGAUACUGAUUUUCGUAAAUAUGGCCGUAUGGUCUUUGAAGGAGCAAGAUUCGAUUCAAUCAAGCGAACGAUCAUGCAAGUUCCCAAACUGGCCGAAACACUCGGUUUGACGGUUUUCGACAAGGGAAUCCGCAAUUUUUUCUUGGGUAUUGUACGUCAAACUAUCGAACACCGUGAAAAAAAUAAUAUAAAGCGAAACGACUUCAUGGACCUGCUGAUUGACUUGAAAAAUAAUGACACUUUUGACGAAGAAAAGAAAAUCAAAUUGGAAAAGCUGACUUUGGAGGAAGCUGCGGCACAAGCAUUCGUUUUCUUUAUCGCCGGAUUCGAAACCUCAUCUACGGUGAUGAUGUUUGCUUUAUACGAACUAGCACUGAACCCAGACAUACAGGAAAAGUUGCGCAAUGAAAUAAAUACUGUUUAUGCAAAACACGAAGGUCAUUUGACUUAUGAAACCAUAAAAGAUAUGGUAUAUUUGGAUCAAGUAAUCAAUGAAUCUUUACGAAAAUAUUCACCUGCUGUUGCGUUGCAGCGUACCGCUCAGGAAGAUUACAGAGUCGCGAAUACAAAACUGGUAAUAGAAAAAGGGACAACUGUGUUAAUUCCCGUUUAUGAGAUUCAUAAUGAUGCACGCUAUUAUCCAAAUCCGGAAAAGUUCGAUCCUGAUCGCUUCCUUCCCGAAGUGUGGAAAGUCCGGCAUCCAAUGUCAUUUUUGGGCUUUGGCGAUGGUCCUAGAAAUUGUAUAGGGAUGAGAUUUGGUAGGAUGCAGUCACGAGUGGGCCUUGUAAUGCUCCUGAAGAACUACCGAUUUGAAGUAUCCGAUAAAACACCAAUUCCAAUUGAAUAUUCACGAAAAUCUUUGGUAUUGUCUCCUUCCGAUGGAAUGAAUUUGAAGAUUGUUAAAGUAUAAAUUAAUAAUAUUUAGCUUGAAAUAUCUACGAUAAAAUCUGAUUAAGUGGU